CUUCCUCUAUCUCUCUCUGCCCCUCCCUCUCUCUCUCUGCCCCUACCCCCUCCAUCUCUCUUCCCCCUCCCUCUCUCUCUCUCUCUCCCUUCCCCUCCCUCUCUCCCUCCCUCUCUCUCUCUCUCUUCUCAGUUCUCCCAGGUGCAGCAGGUGAUAGGGUUGUUAGGACUAUACAGAGGAAGUAGUCAUUGUGUUGGAGUGUGCUUUGUGAUUAAUCUCUAAUCACACACACACACAGAGAAACAUACACCAGGGAUGUGGACAUACUGAUCCUCAGGUGAUAUCUGCUAGUUCCGAAUUAGUGUCCAGUGUUCCAUCCCGAGUGUUCUGAAGUCAUCUUUGAGAUCCAGUCUGAGUGUUCUAGAGUUGUCUUAGUGUUUUUGAGUGUUCUAGAGUUGCCUUAGUGUUUUUGAGUGGUCUGAGUGUUCUAGAAUGGUCUUCACCCCACACUGGAAAGACGGGAGGGGACUGGACAGUGCGCAGCUCCUGCCGUGACGACACCUCUAGGUGACUCAAGUAGUAUUAUCAGUAUGAACAUCAGUACCAGGGAUAGAUGUGAUGCAUUCCAACUCUCCAGUAGCCACGUCCCCGUCCCCGGUAUUACUUGGCCCUACAUCGCCGCUGAGCUGCUCAUUGCUCUCCUCGCUAUCGCUGGGAAUAUCCUGGUCUGUCUAGCCGUGAACCAAAACCGGAAGCUACGCACCGUCACCAACUACUUCCUGGUGUCGCUUGCGAUGGCCGACAUCUUUGUGGGCGUGCUGGCGAUCCCGUGUGCCGUGUUGACCGACCUGGGCCAGCCGCGUCACAACCUGCCUCUGUGUCUGCUCCUCCUCAGCGUGCUCAUCGUGCUAACUGAGAGCUCCAUCCUCAGCCUGCUAGCGGUAGCCGCAGAGCGCUAUGUGGCCAUCCUGCUGCCGCUCCAGUACCAGAGGAUCGUGAGCCCCAGGAACGCCCGACUGGCCCUGAUCCUCACCUGGUGUCUGGCCCUACUCUCUGGUUCCAUCCCUCUGAUGGGCUGGCACGGAUCACUGCCACCUUCUGGGGCCUGUCUGUUCCCUUGUGUGGUCGAUUUGAGUUAUAUGGUCUACUUCAACUUCUUGGGCUGCGUGCUGGUUCCCCUGGUGGUUAUGUUUAUCAUCUACGGUCACAUCUUCCUCACGGUCAGACAGCAGCUCAGACGCAUCGCAGCCGGAAGGGGACCAGCCAGGUCUGAUACCAGGGAUGGAGAGAGUGGACCAGCCAGGUCUGAUACCAGGGAUGGAGAGAGUGGACCAGCCAGGUCUGACACCAGGGAUGGAGAGAGUGGACCAGCCAGGUCUGAUACCAGGGAUGGAGAGAGUGGACCAGCCAGGUCUGACACCAGGGAUGGAGAGAGUGGACCAGCCAGGUCUGAUACCAGGGAUGGAGAGAGUGGACCAGCCAGGUCUGAUACCAGGGAUGGAGAGAGUGGACCAGCCAGGUCUGAUACCAGGGAUGGAGAGAGGGAACCAGCCAGGUCUGAUACCAGGGAUGGAGAGAGUGGACCAGCCAGGUCUGAUACCAGGGAGGGAGAGAGUGGACCAGCCAGGGCUGAUACCAGGGAGGAGGAGAGUGGGCCAGCCAGAUCUGAUACCAGGGAUGGAGAGAGUGGACCAGCCAGGGCUGAUACCAGGGAUUGUGGGUCUGGGGCUGGGAGCAGAGAAGAUGAGGCUGGGGCUGGAAAGAGGACUAGGGUUGAGUUUGGGUCUGGAAAGAGGACUAGGGUUGAGGCUGGGGCUGGAAAGAGGACUAGGGUUGAGGCUGGGGCUGGAAAGAGGACUAGGGUUGAGGCUGGGGCUGGAAAGAGGACUAGGGUUGAGGCUUGGGGUGUUAGUGGGGUAGCAGUGUGGGGAAGAGCUGGGAAUAAAUGGCCAGAGGGUGAGAGUUGGAGUGGAAAUGCUGGGGAGAUGACUAGCCAUGCUAGUGGGUGUGUUAGAACUGAUUCUGGGUCUGUGGUAGCCAGUGAAUCCAAGUCUGAGUCUCGAGGUCCAGUAAAGGCCAGGUGUGGGUCCGGCGGCAGCGAGUAUAAACGAGCGGUGCGUAUGCGUCGUGAGGUGAGGAAGGCCACCUCUCUAUUCCUGGUGUUGUUCCUGUUCAUGCUGUGCUGGCUGCCUCUCCACUUCCUGAACUGUGUUACGUUGAUGUGCCCGCGCUGUCACGUGCCCCUGCCCCUCACCCUGGCAGCCAUACUGCUGUCCCACGCCAACUCUGCCCUUAACCCGCUGCUCUACGCCUAUCGCAUGAGGUCCUUCAGACACACACUGAGGGCGCUCUGCUGCACACACACUGCAUGAUACACACACACACACACACACACACACUUAGGGUGCUCUGCUGCACACACACUGUAUGAUACACACACACACUGAGGGCGCUCUGCUGCACACACACACACACACACUGCAUGACACACACACUGCAUGACACACACACACUUAAUGACACACACACACAACAUUACACAAUCAGAUACCUCAUCCAGAGGAUUGUAAUGUUUAUUUAGCAGACAAGCUCUGUACAUUAUGGCAAAUUAAAAUAAAAGCUAAUUCUUCAAUGACAACAACG